AUUUAGAAAAGACAAGGAUGGCUACAUGAAGGUUUUAAAAGCUCUUUGGUGUAGAUCGAAGGUUUCAAAGAAGAAGAAAAAAGUAUAGCUACGAGGACCACGACUUCUGAAAUAUAAUGAAGUACGUAGUAUUUUUGUCUUUGGCGCUAACGGUUUUUGGAGAUCCCGUAGUCAAGACUUGGACCUUAAAUGAGCUCUCAGAAGCCAUCACUUCCUCGAAAACUGACUCUACAAUCAAACCUCACCUAGAAGACGCACUGAACCAGAUUAUGUUAGCACUCUUUACUGGAUUUAAAGUGAAAUCAAUAUACGCUUUAGUACCAUCACCUGAAGGUUCAGCAACAUGGACCAUGAACGAGCUGAAGGAGGCUCUGAAAGACCAGAAUACUAAGCCAGAAUUGCGACCUGCAAUCAUGCAAGCUGUCGAACAUCUGGAUUACAACAACCAUAACGGAAAACCUAUGAACUCAAUUGAAGUAAGUACGCCAGCUUUAGACAUUUCAAUAUGGACACUACCGGAUUUGGAAAAGGCGAUCAAUAGCUCUGACACGAACCCAGAACUAGUGGAUCUUUUAAAACAAGCCCUCAGUAAAUGGACCGAGAAAAAUCCGUCAGAAAAAAACAAUAAAAUUAUAGUAGUCACACCUGUAGGUCUGGUGAAGACUCAGAAAACCGAAAAAUCAUCGUUAUUCAAAAAGAAACCAUAACCUCAUUUUUAUAUUCUGUAUUAUCAUGAAAACAAUUUCUGUGUAACAAACAUUUAAACUUAAUAACUAAUCUACAUUGUUUCAUUCAAAUGCUUUUAAAUUGUCGUUUGACAGCUCUGGUUUUGACCAAGUUUGUGUGUAAGUGAAGGACAAUAUAUUAAA